AUUUUCACAUUAUCACUCACCGCGGUCGCCGUUUCUUGCCCCUUCCUGCCCGUUUUCAGGGCAGCGCCGAGCACGUUGCGUCACCUGCUUGGCGCGGGGCCGAGUCGCUUUUUGCCCGCGCACGCGUUUCUCCUCUCACCUACCGGCCUUUUCAGUAGCUGCAUCGUCGGGACCGACUUUGCGCGCUAGCGCACGGCCGCUGCGGACGGCAGCGACCCCAGCCCGCGAUCGAGCCUUGUCAUCAGCGUCCCGGACCCUCCGCCGCCCUGUCAUCAGUCGAAACCGCUCCCGGCAGCACCGCAGCCGUCAUGCCGCAACUCACCAAGCCCGCCGCCACCGCCGCCACUGACAGUGGCAGCGCCGACCCGCCGACGAAUUCUCUGCCGUUGGCAGCAGCUGCGCCUGCAGCUGACGCUGGCGGCGGCGCAGGCGACCGCGGCGAUGACGACUACGGCGGCGGCGGCAUCAGCCUGCGACCCAGUUGGGGCCGCGCCGUCACCCGCCAGGCCGCGGUUGCGGCCGCCCCUAACGCACCCAGUGCCGCCAUCUUCAGCAACGGCGGCGGCAGUGGUGGAGGCGCGCAGAUGCCGCCGGCAGCGGCGGCGCCUGCGGCGGCGGAGCCAGCCGGCCCACUGAGGCACACCGACAGCAAGCUGCGCUCGCACCCCUUUGGCGCCAGCGGUGGCGACAUCACCACCGGUAGCAGCAGCGGUAGCGGCAGUGGCAGUGAGGGCAGCGGCGGCGCCGCCGCUGCUGGGCACCCCAGGAACCGCAGUGCCUCAUUGCGCGCAUCCCUGGACCAACCCAUGUGGUCCCCACCUCUACAGCCGCAGCCGCAGCCAUACCUUCAGGCGCGCCCCUCGUCCGCUGCCGCCGCGGCGGACCGCACAUCGACGCCGCCGCUGCCGCCGCGCUACCCCACCUCCGCCGAGGCCGCCGCCGCCACCGCCGCGGCACGCGAGCUGCUGGAUGCCGGCGGCACCUUCCCACUGCACAUCCUGGGCGGCUUUGGCAGCGGCGCCGGCGUUGGCAGCGACGGACCGGACAGUGACGGCGAAGGCGGGCAUGCCCUGUCGGAGACUUCCCUAGGCAGCGGUGCCGGCGGCAGCCACGUCUUCCGCGGCGUCGGCGGCACCUCGCCCUUCCACGCCGCCGCCGCGCCAGCUAGCGCCGGCGGUGGCCUCGGCGGCGCCGGCGGCAGCCGUGGCUCCCUCCUGAGCGGUCCGUACUUUUCGUACGGCUCGCCGCUCACCUCUGGACCUGCCAAUGCCAUGGACAGUGGCGGCGCGGCUGCUGGCGGAGGUGACGGUGCCGGCGGCUUCGGCGGCGCCGGCACGCAGGGUUUCUUUUCGCCGUCGCUGCUGUCCCAGAACCCCUCCUUUGUCUCUGUCAAGGGCAAUGACGGCGGUGGUGGUGGUGGCGGCGGCCCUGGCGGCGGCGGGGGCGGUAUGCUGCUCGUUGUGGACGCCAGCACGGGCCUGGUGGUGGGCACCGCGCAGCAGCAGCCGCAGCAACUGCAAGGCGGCCGCGACGGCGCCAGCACCCCCGGUUCUCUCGCCCCCAGCACACCCGGCGUGCUCACUGGCGGCGGCUUUGGCGGCUUUGCGGGCGGUGGCCACACCCCCGCCACCAGCGUCCCCGGCAGCCUUCGCAGCAGCCUCGACUUGCCCAGGUCUCCCUUGGCGCCCAUGAUCGGUGGCGCCGGCGGCGGCCGCAGCAGCGGUGAAGGCCGAGGCCAGACGGCGGAGCCGGCGGGACCGGUGGCUGGCGCCGCAGCCACUGCUGAUGCGGACGCCGCACGUGCGGCUCUGUCGGCGCUGCUGGCCCGCGGCGGCAGUGGCGCUGUGGACAUCAGUAGCCUGGUGGAGGCCGCGGGGCUGUCGAUGGCGCCGUUGCAGGGGCUGCCUGGCGGCGGUGGCAGCGGCAGCGGCGGCGACGUGAGCAUGUCGGCUGUGCUGGCUGCGGUGCUGCAGCAGCAGGCGGCGGCCGCAGCCGGCAUGGGUAGUGGCAUGGACGAUGCGAGCGAUUCGGCGGCGGUGGCCAUGGCGAGUGGGCUGGAGCCGACCAUGGCGGCGACCGUCCUCAACGAAGCGCUGGCCGCGAACGGCGGCGGGCUGAGCUUCAACGUCCUACUGGCGCUGGCGCAGGCGGCCAAUGGUGCCGUCGGCAGUAGCAGCAACGGCGGCGGCGCCGCUACUGCCGCGGCCGCAGCUGAUGCGGAGCGCGCGAUGGCCCUGCAGGCCGCCAUGGCGGCAGCUGCAGCCGCCACCGGACCUGCUGCAGCCGCCGGCCUCAUGCCGGCGCCGCCGGCUGUAGCACUGAUGACCCCUCUGGGCACGCCCGCCCGCGGCCCUCCGCCCGGUUUCAUAGGCGGCGCCGGCGGCGCCAACAGCCAACUGCUAGGCGGCCUGCCGCCGCCAAGCCCCGGCUUUGCGCUCCGCUCUCCUGCUGCAGCUGCCGGCAUCAACAGCCCCUCCUGGCGCAGUAGCGUGCCGGCCGGCGGCAGUAUCGGCAGUAGCAGCCUGCUGGGCAGCCCGGGGCCGCGCACGACGCAGGCGGCGGCGGCCAUGGCGCCCCAGGGCCUGUUGGCGGCGCUGGGUAGCCCGCGCGGUACCGGGCCCAAACACAACACGCUGUACAAGACGGAGAUGUGUCGCUCCUGGCAGGAAACCGGCGCCUGCCGUUACGGCAGCAAGUGCCAGUUCGCCCACGGCCCCGAGGAGCUACGGACGGUGGUGCGUCACCCCAAGUACAAGACCGAGCACUGCCGCACCUUCUCAGCCACCGGCGUGUGUCAGUACGGCAACCGCUGCCGCUUCAUACACACCGCCCCGCCCGGAGCCGCCGGCGGCACGCCGCGCCCCACCCUUCUCGGCCCCGGAGUUGGGCCUUGCAGCCUGCUGGGCUCGCCCCACAGCAGCGAGCACUCUGGCAGCGACGGCGGCGGUGGUGGCGCUGGUGGUGCUGGCGCGGCGCUGCAGGGCAAUGCGGAGAGCCUGGGCGCGACGCUGUGGGGCCGCGCCGGUGACGGCGGGAUGCAGAACCAGGCCCUGCCGCCCGCCGCCGCCUGCCUGCUGUCCCCGGCGCGCACCUCCUUCUUCGCCGCCUCCCCCACCGCCCGCGGCCCGAUGCGCCACUCCGCGCUGUUCAGUUCCCCGCCCUACAAGAUGAGCCGACUGCACCCGCCCGUGGAUGCUGCCGGUGGCGGUGGGCCUGCGCAGGAGGAGGCUUCGCCAAUGCCGCAGCACACGCUGCCGCACCUGCCAGCCACGCCGGCGGCCGGCGGCACGCCGUCGAGUGCGGAUGCUGGUGGUGGAAGCGGAGCCGCGAGCCGCGGUGUUGGGUUCCUUCUGGGAGGCGACGGCGGAGGCGGCCGCAACGGCAGCAGCCGUGGCGGCGGUGUGGCGAUGCAGCUGUUCAGCGCCUUUGGAGGCGCCGGUGGGGGCCUGGGCGGCGGUGGCGGCAGCGGCAACGGGGAUGCCGUCAAGCCGCUGGCGGGACCGGCACCGCAGAGCGUCGGCGGGCCCGGCGAGGAUGCUGCCAUGGUGGAUGUUUGAUUGUGCGGAGGUUGUAUAUCUAUCGUGCCGUUCAACAACAUGAGUGGAAGGCUGGAAGCGUAUGCCUCAUGCUUUUCCCGUGCACGGCAACGUCACGACCAUGGUUACGUAUACCCCCGUAGUUGUUUUGUCUGUGAGGAGGGGCAAUGAGCUCGAAAAGCGAGAGCAUCAAUACCCAGCAGAAGGGGUAGUAUGGAGGGGCGCUGGGCUAAUGGUGUAUGCUAUUGUGCAUGAACGCGGGAGAAGUGCUGCUUGGCUAGCAAGCGAUCGAGAAAUACACACACAUACACACCUGACGGACCCACACGCGCUUCUCACUUGAGUCUCACACCGGCUUUAUUGUGGCGACGGGCUGCCCACACAAUAACAAGAACCUUGACAGGUAGGCAACCUGUUGGGGCCCGCCUGCCCCGUAGGCAAUAAGAUUAACGGUAGGCUGCUUUGCAUCGCCUGCCUCCUGUAUUGGCGGGGCUAUGGGCGGCGCACGAUUAUGGUAUGGGUUGGGUUGGCCGUGUAUGCCCACGCCGUAUGCCGGGCUGUACAUUUCGUCACGCAUUUUGCUAUUUCCUUUUUUCCACGACAUGUAAACACUUGUUAUUUGUGGCAUGGGCAUUUAUUGUGGCGUCUCGCAAGGGAGCCGGGCGACAAAGAGAAGCGCAUUUGCGUGUGACCCAGAUGGUGACGACGACCGGUGGCGCUAGCAAUGUGCUGAUGGCCCAGAUGCGGGCUAUCGUCGUGGAAGGUUCAUGGUUAUUGUGUUGUUUGUACGGUACGGUACUGCACUCAUACGGAGUAAGUUGUGUAGGUUGGAACAGUCACCAAAUCGAGAUGCAUGAGAAGGUAAACUGGUACGCCGGCACAUGCAGGGCCGCAGGGGAGAGAAAUUGAAGGGCACACGUGCCACUGGCGCAAGACGCGGUGUGGGGCAGGCAGGAUUGUAGGUCGUGGCUGGGGUUGUAUUGUGGCACAGGCAGGAAGAGGUUGGGGAUGGCAAGCAGGCGGCAAGAGUCGUGGCACGGCGCCACGGGAGCUACAGGAAGAGUUUAUCGGAGUGCGGAGAGGUAUGGGGGUGCGGAGCAUAAGAGGAUGAUGUUACCAGAGGGGUAGGUGUGUGAUGGGACAGGGUUCAAGGCAGGUUGGCGAGGUCCCGUAGGGUGCAGCUGAUGCCCAGACCCUCAAACAGACGGCAAACAGUUUGCAGUGGCAGACCAGAAGUGCAUGGCUGGUCGAACGCCGGCGUUACUGUACCGACAAGUUGCUGGCUGGCUGGAAGUUUGCUGAUGCGCAUUCCUCACGCUCCGGGCGCCCGGCCAGGCGAUGGCACCACACAGACAGACCGCAACGCCACACCAGGGGGGUAGGUAGUUGGUAGGCACAUGAGGAGGGCGGUGCGCAUGGAGCCGCGACGCAACGCCGCAACGGUAUCUCUGUAAUGCGCUGAGUGAGGGUAUUGCGUAGUGGGGCACGUCCCCAUUUCAGGGACUGGGAAAUUGAGAAUGGGGAACAGACCACGCACUUUUUACCCCCUAAUAACUUUUGCCCGACAACUUGCGGAGACACCAAAUUUGAUCCUUAGCAAACACUUGAUGCUCCGGUUCCUCCGCAACUUGUCGGGCAAAAGUUAUUUGGCUUGCAAGAUGGGAGGUACAAAACUCGUCAGGAGGGGGAAUUCACUGACCCCAGACUCCAGCGGAUCCCUCCUCAAAUCUUAUGAAGCAUGGCGGACACUAUCUAUAUGGAUUCUGUGAACUCGGAGGGGUGAAAUCUUAUGAAUGCGGAUGUUACAGAGGGGACAGUCCCAGCACCCGAAGACGCCGAGCCAUCACAGGGGUGAAAUCUUAUGCGGGCUGGGAGAACAACCCGCGUGUCUGUCAGCACAGGUGCAGGCACGAAACGUGUCCAAACCGACAUGCGUAUUCUAGCCGGCCGACUAGCUAAAGCUUCUAUUGUAUAUGUGUAUAAUGUAAAGCGAGUAGACACAAGCUCAGAUUAGCCUGUCUGUCCGCACAAUGAAAGCAUGUUGCCCUGGAGGGCACGAAUUUCAGCAUCCUUUGCUGCCGUCGAUUUAUUAAGAUCGGCGUAUGUUGUCAAACUACUUAGUGAACGAAGAGGAGGGCUCCUCGCGAUCCAGGCGACUCCAGGUCACGACUAGUCUCCAAAGGGUUGCUUUGAGCCUAAAUCGCACAUUCGAAGACUUUGUGGUUGCUAAACUUUAGAUGGAACCUUGUGUCGGACCUACAGGGUCCGUUGGCGCAAAGCAUUUAACAUCGAUGUGCACGAUCGUCCGCAAACGUUAAUGUCUAUUGACGUCUGUAGUACAUGUAACAUGUAAAAGCCAUUGCAA